AUGUCACUCAAGUUCCUCGUCCUCGCCAUAGCUACUGUCGCAUACGCAUCGCCCCUCGACUUACCUUCCAAGGCUACCAAUAACGACCCCUGUGAGCCAUGUCAACCUCAGGGAGCAACAGGCACAACGCCACCCACUGUGGGCUCCGCUCUUAGCUCACUCUACGUGGACGUCCUCAGUUCUGUCAGGGACAUCAAUUUCAAAAAGCGAUCUGUACAAGCACGGUCCGAAGGAGGGUUUUGCUGCCGCCAGAGUCUUGAUUGCCUCAGCGUGCAAAAUCUCAACAUUGCCAUGUGUUAUGAUAAGUUUACUACAAACUACGCCUUUCCUGAUGGCUCUUUCGGUUCCUUGACUACAGGAGAGUACAACUCUGGGAAAGCCACCGCAAACCUGAUCAGCGGUAACUACACCAACGGAAAUGAAAAUGGCAACAUCUACGCAAACGACCCUUCCGCGAGGCCAAACACAGCUACCAUGUCUAUUCCCCCUCAAUUCACUGGCACAGGCGUUGGUGACGCCAUCCCCGCAACUGAACUUGGAAGCAUCAUCGUGUACACUACCACCAUUCCUGGAACAACCUAUACCGCGCCGACUACCCUUGCCGAGACGGUAAGAGCAGCUACCGUCAGCGGCGUGGCAGUGUCGACUACAGUUGCUGCCACCACCAUCUCCCACGCUACAACAAUCGCGCCGCAAACAACUCUUGUCACUCAGACUACCGUCCCUGAGUCAACCACCACGAGCACUGCAGCUGCCGGUCAGUUGACUGUCGGCUCAACUCUGUCGGUCGGCAUGCCUGUUUUUGGUGCUCUCAUGUACGCGCUGUACGCAUUGUGA